AUGCAAAGCUGCUCUCCGAGGCACACUAAAGCCGUGAGUGAACAGCGGGCUCCGAGAACUGCUCAGAACCAAGCGUCCGGCGAGGACGGAGUGCGAAGGGGUUUGGACCCCACUCGAAUCGGAGGCAAGCACAUCAAGACUGCUGCAAGGGGCUGGCCAGGAGAAUUCACCUUUGGCCUCUCCGUGUCCGAUAACGGAAAUGCUCGUCUGACUUCUGGUCACGGAACUUGGGCUGAGACCGCGACAAAACGGAUUCGGUGCUCCUGCCGCUUGACUCUGUGA